UGCAUCUGUACUUAGUACAUCCAUGACAUACACCUAGUUACCCUUGUCAAGAAACGGUUACUUUACUUCAUUAAUAGAAAAGUUAGCAGCUGGGUUUCGGUUAUGUUUCUAAGACUUCUGGGAUUUGUAGGUCCUAAACCUUUGCGGGUCUGCUAAACAGCUACACGCCUAGCUUCGCCAUGUGGAGCCAACAGUAAGCAUAGACAGAGAGCGGGGAUUCCAACUCAACGACCUCAAGCUAGUUGUGUGCGGUGUUGUCAGACAUCAUGCCAUUUUGUUUUAACUUCGACGUUCCAGCACAAACAACAAACCCGGACGACGUGGACGGAAAGGAAUUGCAAAAUGGAAAAAAAGACACUUCUGCAAAAGCUAUGGAGGAUGAUACCAAACCAGCAGAGCCCGUAAAAGAGGCCAAAGAGCACUUUCUACUAUCUGACCCACAGUAUCUCCUUCGAGAUGCUGUCAGUGAAACGGUUAUCAUAGGAACUCUUCCUCCUCUUCACUUCCUCAACGAGACCGUUUUUGAAAAGACGGCCUCGGAGAGAGAGGACGGAGAGAAAAUUCUGUCUCGCACUGCGGAGCAGAGGUCUGAUCUCAUCUCUGGCGUGUACGAGGGAGGGCUGAAGGUGUGGGAGUGCACUUAUGACCUUCUGGAGCUGAUUGAGAAAGAUGGAGAGAACUUUGGGGGGAAGGCAGUUUUGGAUUUGGGCUGCGGUGCAGGGCUGCUGGGAAUAUUGUCUCUGCAGAGAGGAGCCAGGCAGGUCCACUUCCAAGAUUAUAACAGUACAGUUAUUGAACAGCUCACAGUGCCAAAUGUUAUACUAAACUGCCAAGAGGAGGAUGAAGUAGACAGUGAAGACGACAAAGAAGGGAGGGGGAAGGUAAACAUACAGGAGGAAGAUGGUUGUAAAAAGAAGGUGAAAGAGAAACAAGAGGUAAAAGAUGGCAUCCCGCCACCUAAGAAGAGAGCUGCAGACGUUUCCCAGCACCCAUUACUAGCCAAGUGUCGUUUUUUCUCUGGGGACUGGAGCACAUUUCUUGCUUUGGUUAAAAAGGAGGAUCCACAACCCAAAUAUGACAUUAUUUUCACCUCAGAGACCAUCUACAACACUGCAUACUACCCUUCGCUACACGAGACCCUCCACAAACUGCUGGCACCCGAUGGACUGGUCUACCUUGCCACCAAAUCCCACUACUUUGGUGUAGGUGGUGGACUGCACCUGUUUGAGUCCUUUGUGGAGCAGAGGGGUGUUUUCUCUUUGGAUCAUUUGUGGGAUAAGGAAGAAGGACUUCAGAGACAUGUAGUAGUCCUGCGUUUUGCCAAAGGGCACUUAAAUAAGUAAAGCCUUCCUGGGUUUAAUAUAGUGGUUUAAUAAUCGAUUCUUAGAUGCAUCGCGAUUCUCUCUAGAACAAUUCGAUGCUCGAUUCUGAUAAGUUAACAAUCCUUUUUCUUUUUAAAUGUGUUGAUUUUUAUUUAAAAGUUACUGUCUUCAGACAUGUACAAAUCAGAAAACAGAAAAGGGGAUGGGAUAAUGCACAACAACUUAGAGUUUAGGCAAGAGUGCAGAAAAAAAACGCACAAAAAUGGCCAAAAGGAAAACAAAGUGUUGUGUCUAUAUACACGUGAUCUAAUAAGACAUGCAUAAAAUAAUUAGGCAAAACACAUAUAGGCUGUUCGUCUACUUUAUAACAUUACAUCUGACCACCUCAUGUUUCAUUUUCUAAGAAGCCAAUUCUCCACCUUUAAACAUGACUCAGCCUCUGACAUGGACGAUGACUGUGAGAGAAGGUGACUUUCACAACAUUUUUAAGGCUUAAGCAUGGAAUGACUACAAAAUAAAAACCUCAGUAGACAAAACAAUUCAUUAAAAAUUGUGUGUCAAAAUCUAACAAACUCAGAUUUAUGUUUUUUUUUUUUAAAUCACGCAUGGAAAUGUUCAUAAAAAAAUGUUGCAUCGAGAUGCAUCAUCAUUACUGUGGUAAAACAAAGACAAGCUGUAAUAAAAUAUGCUUUCUCAUCUCCUAGUUGCA